AUGAGAAUUUCAAUGACUUGUUUUCUCUGCUUUGCAAUCCAAGUCUUGGUGUAUUACAUGCUCUUACCAACAAAUGCUCUUUCUUUGACUUCACACACCGAUAAACUUGCUUUGCUUGCUUUGAAGGAUAAACUUACAAAUGGUGUGCCUGAUUCUCUACCAUCAUGGAAUGAGUCUCUAUCUUUAUGUGAAUGGCAGGGUGUAGCAUGUGGCCGUCGUCACAUGAGAGUAUCUGUCUUGCAUUUGGAGAAUCAAACUUGGGGUGGUACUCUUGGUCCAUCCUUGGGAAAUCUAACAUUUCUCAGAAUACUCAAACUUAAAAACCUCGCUUUGCAUGGUGAAAUUCCAGUUCAGAUUGGUCGUUUGAAGCGAUUGCAAGUUCUUAUCUUAAGCUACAACAAACUUCAAGGAGAAAUUCCUGUAGAACUCACGAAUUGCACAAAUAUCGAGGAAGUUAAUUUGAUGGAAAAUAAGCUUAUUGGAAGAAUUCCCACAUGGUUUGGAUCAAUGAAGCAACUUAUUAUCUUAAAUCUUGUGACCAAUAGUCUAGUUGGUACAAUUCCAUCUUCCCUACAAAACAUUUCAUCACUCCAAAUGCUAUAUCUUACAGAAAAUCACUUGGAAGGAACCAUACCUUAUUCUUUAGGAGGUGUCUUUAGCAAUGUCACAAAAAUUUCAUUAAUUGGAAACAAGAAUCUUUGUGGAGGAAUACCUCAGUUGAAGCUUCCUCCAUGUUUUAAGGGGCCAUCCAAGAAACACAAAAGAUCUCUAAAAAAAAACUUAUCUUCAUCACAGUCCUUGAGAGUUACUUAUGGAGAGCUACAUGAAGCAACCAAUGGAUUUUCUUCAUCCAAUUUGGUUGGAACAGGAAGUUUUGGCUCUGUUUACAAAGGAUCUCUUCUCAACAUUGAAAGACCUGUUGCUAUUACAAGGGUGAAGAUUUCAGGCUAUUGUUUUCGAGUUCAUGCUAAUGGGAGUCUUGAAAAUUUGUUGCAUAAUGAUGAAGGGUCUAAAAAUCAUAGUCUCGGCCUCACACAAAGGGUAGACAUUGCUCUUGAUGUAGCUCAUGCUUUGGAUUACCUUCACCAUGAUGAAGAGCAAGUUGUAGUUCACUGUGAUAUUAAACCAAGCAAUGUUCUUCUUGAUGAAGAGAUGGUAGCUCACUUGGGUGACUUUGGAUUAGCAAGGCUCAUUCAUGGUUAUUCAAGUAAAGAUCAAGUUAGUUCCUCUACAAUUAAGGGAACUAUAGGAUAUAUUCCUCCAGAGUAUGGAGCAGGUGGUCCAGUAACACCAGAGGGAGAUAUUUACAGUUAUGGAAUUAUGUUGUUGGAAAUGAUAACCGGAAAGAGACCAACUGAUAAUAUGUUUUGUGAGAAUUUUAAUCUACACAAAUUGUGUAAGAUGAAACUUUCUGACGAAAUUCUUCAAAUAGUGGAUUCACGUUUGGUUAUGCCAUUUAUUGAAGAUCAGACAUGGAUUGUGGAAAACAACAUAAAGGAGUGUCUAAUGAUCUAG